AUGGAUAUUUCAGCGCACCGAGAAGACAGUGUACAGCAAUACUGUUAUCCAGCAGCUAAUGGAUCCUGCAUUAAAGGCCAUCAGACUGUGGCAGCCCAGGUCAUCCUGUACAUUUUCUUUGUGACAGGGAUGGUGAUUACGAUUCUGGGGAACUUGGUAGUCAUCAUCUCUAUCGCGCAUUUUAAACAGCUGCAUACACCAACAAACGUACUGGUGAUGUCUCUGGCGCUGGCGGACCUGCUGCUCGGGGUUACCGUGAUGCCUUUCAGCAUGGUCCGGUCCGUCGAGGGCUGCUGGUACUUUGGAGAUACUUUCUGUUUGCUGCACUCUAGCUUUGACAUGUUCCUCACCUCCGUCUCAAUUUUUCACCUGAUUUUCAUUGCCAUAGAUCGCUAUCAGGCGGUGUGCAAUCCUCUACGCUACACCACAGCAAUAACCAUCCCUAUUGCGUGGGUCAUGAGCGCUCUGAGCUGGGGUGUUGCAGCUGUAUACUCGUAUGGACUUCUUUAUUCAAAGGCCAACAUAAAAGGGCUAGAGGAAUACAUUGCUUCCAUAUACUGCUUGGGUAGUUGUGUUCUUUUGUUCAAUGCUUUGUGGGGGGCCCUGGAUACCCUGAUUGCAUUCUUGUUGCCCUGUUCCGUUAUGGUGGGUUUGUACGCUAAAAUAUUUUUGGUAGCCAGGGAGCAUGUGAGAAAGAUCGGAGACAUGAGUCAUAAAAAACAUCUGAAUGAGGAGAACAGGAGCAGACUCUCUCAGAGCUCUGAGCGGAAAGCGGCGAAAACACUGGGGAUUGUUGUGGGCGUCUUCAUUCUCUGCUGGAUGCCUUUCUUUAUCAACUCGUUAGUUGAUCCCUAUACUAAUUUUAGCACACCUGCCAUUGUCUUUGAUGUGCUUGUCUGGUUAGGUUACUUCAAUUCUACUUUAAAUCCUAUCAUCUAUGCCUUGUUUUAUCCUUGGUUCCAAAAAACACUGUCACUUAUUGUCACUUUAAAGAUAUUCAAUCCACAUUCCUCAAACAUUAAUUUAUUUUCUGAAAGAUGA